AUGAUUGCAUUAUCAAGUACGUCAAAAGUGAAAAUUGAAGUUGAUAACACUGCGAAUAUUAAGUGUCCCGGCCUACGUUGCGACUUCAAUCUAGACAUACUCUCUUGUCGUUCGAUCCUCCCUGUUAAGUUGUUUGAAAAAUGGUGCGAUAUCCUUUUCGUCAAAAUCAUUUUGGAGCUCGAUCAUUGCUAUUGCCCUAAUCAAAAGUGUACAACGUUGAUGGUGAACGAAUGUGGCGGGGAUGUAAAGCGGUCUAUUUGUCAUAACUGUAAACAAGCGUUCUGUUUUAAGUGCAAAACUUCAUGGCACGAUGGUUUUGAUUGCGAAGAGAAUGAAGAAAUUAAGGAUGCUAAUGACGUUGCUUUUGGUGUUCUUGUUGAGAAGAAUAAGUGGAUGAGGUGCCCUAAAUGCAAAUUUUAUGUCUCGUUGAGAAAUAAUAGUUGCACAAAACAAAUGUUCGACAAAAUUCUGUUAUAA